AUGAAUCUUAUAAUAUUUAAAAUCAUGGAUAAGUUUUCAAGAGCGUGCCUAGAAUCGAUGACUCUUUAUUGUUGCUACCACCUAAACUGUGGUAAUACAUAUACAACAAAAUUCAACCUCAAGCAUCAUAUAUAGCUAUUUUAUAGAAAUUUAUAAGAUUUUACUAGGACCCAGCAAUUAAUUUAUAUAUAGAAAAUAGAGAUUUAUAAGGUAAAAAUUCAAAAUAUUUAUUUUCGAAGAAUAGAAACAAUACAUCUUAAAGUCAAAAAAUUCGAAUGUGUUGUGUGCAAAAAAAAUUUGUCAAGUAAACAGAAUUUAAGGGAGCACAUGCAUAUACAUAAUGGAGUUAAACCUUUUGUCUGUGAAAACUGUGGUAAAUCAUAUAGACAAGCUAGUCAACUGACACUCCAUAAAAGAUAAUUAAAAUAUGGCGUUGCUCGAAUUUUCUGGUCUCCAGACCGAAAAUUUAUCUCUUAUAUAUUUUUAAUUAUGAGGUUUGGCUUCCCAUAGUGAAAUUACCCAGCUAUGCUAGGGGAAGUGAGAGCUGGGUGGUGUUUCCUACCAGAAGCUUGGGCUUAGGGAAUAAUUUCCAGAAGGGCACUUUUUUUACUCCAGGAGGUGGAGACUUGGACCUUUAUUAUGCUCUUCGGGCCCAAUUAAGAGCCUGAGCUCAAAGAAGAAUUGUCUAAGCCCUAAAUUAUGGACUGACGUCCUCAUUUGAGAUCAAAAGAGGUGCCACACCUGUGGCGGCCGAGGAAAAUGGCGCAAAUUUCGCCCCAAUGCGGUGCUGGAGGUAGCUAUGGUUGAGCAACCUGGUAGUAAACGUUAAACGUGUAUAGAUUAAUUAAGUCUAAGAAAACAUAAAAGAAUCCACAUAAAAGAGGGAAAUAUUGAAAUUGUACAAAAUAAUGGAAUUACUAAAAUAUAGGCAUUAUUAUUUUUUUAAAAUAAAUUAUUUUCAUUGACAGAAAAUUACAGUUUGUUUAUUAAACUAAAUAUUUUUUGUUCUGUUAUAAAUUAAUAAAGACCCUAAAAUACAUAUACCUGAUUUGAUUUACAGUAACCCAGAAAAGCUAAACUGAGAAAAAUUCGAAAUCGAGCAGCCCCAACUUCCACUACUUAAAAUGGGGAACAGCCAGGGGACAAUAACCCUGCCUUCGUUUACAAACCUGUUCAAAUCUAAUAUAAAGCAGUCAUAA